AUGCGGCAUGGCGUGGGUCGGGGAUUGGGCGCGGCGCUGGCCCUGGCGCUUGCAGCGCUGGCCGCCAGCACUUUUGCCGGUGCCGCCGCCGCUGCGCUUGAGACGCACACAGGCACGCUGCGGCUGUGGCGCGGCGACCAACACUUUCGUGAGGAGGCGGCGGUGGUGGCGGUGGAUGCCCCCACCCAGCUCUUCCUCUCGCUGGCCAGCCCGCGCAGCCUCAGGCCCCUGCCGCCCGGCUGGGGCGACGGCGCGGAGGUCGAGGUCGUGGGGCGCAGGAUAUCUGGGUCUGGUCUGAGCUGGGAGUUCCGUGCCGACAGCUUGUCGGUGGUCAAGGCAGCCCCGCCGCGGCGCGUGUUUGGUGGCGGCGGCGGCGGCGGCGGCGACAUCAGCGCGUCAGCCGCCGCGAAGCCGGGCCUGCGGGUGCUGUACCUGCGGGCCAGGUUCCCGCGGGACUGCGCCCUGGCCCCCGGCUCGGCGCGCCAGACCAAGGCGACGGUGCAGGUCGCCAGGAACAUCGUGCUCAACGCCUCGGCCACGCUGUCCGCCUGCUCCUUUGGCCGCACCUCGCUGAGCGGCGCGGCGCUGGUGGUGACGCCGCUGCUGCCCAUGACCUGCGCCAUGUCAACCAUGCUGGGCUGGGCCCACGUCAUGAAGCAGCGCGCCGCCAAGCAGCUGGGCCUGAAGCUGGCCAACUUCGACAUCUUCAACGCCGACUACCCCGACACCGCCACCCCCUCCACCCGCGACCCCUCCUGCGCCCUCAGCUACGGUUCCAGGGGCAACCUAGGCGGCAACACCAUCUACGACAAUUACCCCGCCUCCCAGCCCGCACACAUCUUCCUGCACGAGAUGCUGCACAACCUGGGCCUCAUCCACGCCAACUCCUGGGACGGGGCCGCGCUGCCCAAGCGCCGCGGCAAGGACAACUACGGCGACCCACUGAGCAUCAUGGGCUUGGCCUUCGCCCUGAGCUGCCCCAACUUUCCAAUGAUGGCCCAGCUGCUCCCCAAGGCCUUCAAGCCCACGCAGCUGGCUGCGCCGCGCAGCCUGGCGGCGGGCAGGUUCUACCGCUUCACCCUGGCACCCGACUGGGUCUGGCCCGAGUUCCGCAAUCGGCGGCACGCGACCCUUAAAAUCAACGUGGCCUCGCUGGUGGGGGCCAGCGGGAGCGGCAAGUCGGUGUGGAUCAGCUACUUCAUGUCUGAGAGCGGACCCAACAGGGGGGUGAACAGCACAGACGGCACGCGGGUGGUGGCUGUGCGAUACACGUACCAGGAUGCUGUGGAGACGUGGAACGUCGGCGAGCUCGGGGCAGGCGGCCUGCUGAUGCUGGGGCUGACGCCCGCCAACGCCAGCGCCGCCUGCGCCAACAGCAACGCCAACUGCGCGUCCUGGGCGGUGGCUGGCGAGUGCGGCAAGAACCCGGCAUACAUGCUGACAGAGUGCCGACUGGCGUGUGGGGUGUGCUCUGGGGCCACAGCCUGCGAAGACUCGAACAACAGCUGCGGCUUUUGGGCGGGGACUGGGGAGUGCCUCAAGAACCCUGACUACAUGCUCCAGCAGUGCAAGCUGAGCUGCCACGUGUGCGUGCCGUGCACAGACAGCCAGUGCGAGAGGAAGGAGACGGCAUACAUCCAGUCGCAUAGACAGAUGCUGGGUGCUGGAACCAUGUGGUGCAGCGCUGACCUCGGCGACGGCUUCGCGGCGGCAUGCACCGGCGAGCUUGAGGCCCCGCUGUCGCCGCUGCUCGGCCAGCUGUCGCAGCCAGCUGGCGACGUCCCCGGCUGCUGCCGGGCCGACAAGCUCCCGCUGGUUGCCAGCUGGAACUCCCAGGAGGAGGGAAGCUGCGAUGAGCUGGACUGGCUCUGCAACGCCCUGAUGGAGCCAGGUGCAGACCUCACCCCGGCCUCCCAGCCACCGCCGGCGGGCUGCGCCGACCCCGCCGUACCACCUCAUGUGUCCUUGGCGGCCAUGCAGCAGCAGCAGCAGCAGCAGCAGCAGCAGCCGGCCAUCUCCGCCGCACCCGUAGCGGCAGCAGCAGCAGCGCCGCCGGCUGCCGUGCAGCCCUCGCCGCCGCCGUUCCAGCCGCACCAGCUGCAGCAGCAGCUGUGGCAGAUCCAGGAGCAGCUCUCGCUGCUGACUCAGCAGGCUGCCCUUGCGGCCGCGGCAGCAUCAGGCGCCCUGCCCGCUGCCCCUGCAGCCGCCCUACCUCCUUGCUGGCACGAGCAGGCGCAGCAGCACAGCCAUCAGCUGCUGCCGGGCAGCCUGGACGCCGCCUUCGAGCUGUCCCUGCUGUUUGACGGCGCCGGGCCGGCAGCCAGCGGCGGCGGCGACACGGCGGCAACCGCCUCCGGCGGCUGCCCGGCGGCCGCCGCCCGCAGCGACCCCCACGGCGCAGCAGGCGCGGCCACGGCAGCGCCCAGCCAUGGCAGCUGGGGGGACAUCGUGCGCAUCGAUAGCUGCGGCCGCAGCGGCCCGCCGCCGAGGCAGGAGAAGCCCAAGCAGCGGCGGGGGCGCAAGUUCAGCGACGAUGAGCUGGCGGUGAUGGCGGCGCAGGACCCCAGCCGCUACAAGCGCAUCAUGGGCACGCGCAAGGCAAGUGGCGCCAGGGAAAACCACAGCCUGCAAACGCCUGGCCGCUCUGGGGUGUCUGUGGCCGCGCACCGCCAGCGCAAGCGGCAGCGGCUGCUGAGCCAGGCGCAGGAGCAGGCGCAGCAGCUGGAAGAGCAGCAGCAGACGCAGCCGUGCCAGCAGGCGCAGCAGUGCCAGCAGGCGGUUGCGGAGGAGCACCUCCUCGGGGUGGGAUCCAACCUGGAGCUGGGGCAGGGCUGGGAUUGGGGCUGGGAGGAAAGCGCCCUGCUCUCGGGGACCGCUGAGUGA